AUGGAUGCUCUUCAGCGAAAAAAUAUCGCGCAGGCCGCUGCUAUCACAGACCGACUGCAAGAAUUUACGACGGCAGGAUUCUGUUUUUCCCAAUGUGUCGAAGUGAUAAAAAGUCGACUGAAUAAUGCGGAGAAAACAUGCCUGUGGAACUGCGCACAACGUUGGGAAGAAACCCGCCACUUCAUCCACAUGAGAGCAAAGGAUCUGUUACAAACGCCUGAGGGAAGUGGCUCACGCCCAACAGAUUACGGGACAUCAUGA